AAUUUCCUCAGCUGAGGAGCAAGGCGGAGACUACCAACCCACAAUCCAUUUCGAUAGCAAAGUUUGGCUCCCGUCCCCAGUGUCUCGGCAGUAAUCCAAUCCAAAGCGCUUUCUGUAGUGAUUGACAAGCCACCUUCUCCAGUAAACACAACAGAAAAGUCAAUACAUGCCCGCCCACCGAGACGGACUACGGCACUACCCAAUGGAUAAGCGGAGCCUUAGAGUGGCAGUUCUUCACACCAAUUAAAGACGAGAAAGGUGGACGAAGGCUCAGCCCCCCGGGGGCUUCAGGGGAGGGGGAAGACGAAGCUUGAAAGACUUGGUAAUGGCGACGGGUUUGUCGGAGCACCAUAACAUGGUGUGGGAAGUGAAGACAAAUCAGAUGCCUAAUGCAGUACAGAAACUCCUGCUGGUGAUGGACAAGAGAGCGUCAGGAAUGAAUGACUCACUGGAGUUGCUGCAGUGUAAUGAGAACCUGCCAUCCUCUCCAGGAUACAACUCCUGUGAUGAGCACAUGGAGCUUGAUGACCUUCCUGAACUUCAGGCUGUUCAAAGUGACCCUACCCAAUCUGCCAUAUACCAGCUAAGUUCAGAUGUAUCUCAUCAAGAAUAUCCCAGAUCAUCUUGGAGCCAGAAUACCUCAGAUAUACCGGAAAAUACUCACCGUGAAGAUGAGGUGGACUGGCUAACAGAGUUAGCAAAUAUUGCCACUAGUCCACAAAGUCCACUGAUGCAGUGCUCAUUUUAUAACAGAUCAUCUCCUGUACACAUCAUAGCUACUAGCAAAAGUUUACAUUCCUAUGCACGCCCACCACCAGUGUCCUCUUCUUCAAAGAGUGGGCCAGCCUUCCCUCAUGACCACUGGAAGGAAGAAACACCAGUAAGACAUGAACGGGCAAACAGUGAGUCAGAGUCGGGCAUUUUCUGUAUGUCCUCCCUGUCAGAUGAUGAUGAUCUGGGCUGGUGCAAUUCCUGGCCAUCCACCAUUUGGCACUGCUUUCUGAAAGGCACACGGCUGUGCUUCCAUAAGGAAAGCAGCAAGGAAUGGCAAGAUGUGGAAGACUUUGCUAGACUUGCCGGCAGCGAUAAUGAGGAAGAGAUCCAAAUGGGCACUCACAAGGGCUAUGGGUCUGAUGGUCUAAAGUUGUUAUCCCAUGAAGAGAGUGUGUCAUUCGGUGAGUCUGUACUGAAGUUGACAUUUGAUCCUGGUACAGUAGAAGAUGGCUUGCUUACUGUAGAGUGCAAGCUGGACCACCCUUUCUAUGUUAAAAAUAAAGGUUGGUCAUCAUUUUAUCCAAGCUUGACUGUGGUACAGCAUGGCAUUCCAUGUUGUGAAAUUCAUAUUGGUGACGUAUGUCUACCUCCUGGACACCCUGAUGCCAUUAAUUUUGAUGAUUCAGGUGUUUUUGAUACAUUUAAAAGCUAUGACUUCACACCUAUGGACUCUUCUGCGGUCUAUGUUUUGAGUAGUAUGGCUCGUCAGCGCCGUGCAUCUCUGUCUUGUGGAGGACCUGGUACUGGUCAAGAGUUUGCGGGAUCUGAAUUCAGUAAAAGCUGUGGUUCACCUGGAUCAUCACAGCUCUCUUCUAGUUCUUUGUAUGCUAAAGCUGUCAAAAGCCACAGCUCAGGGACUGUGAGUGCCACUUCUCCUAAUAAGUGCAAAAGACCAAUGAAUGCCUUCAUGCUUUUUGCCAAAAAAUACAGAGUUGAAUAUACUCAGAUGUAUCCAGGGAAAGAUAACAGAGCCAUAAGUGUGAUCCUUGGGGACAGGUGGAAAAAGAUGAAGAACGAAGAAAGGAGGAUGUACACGUUAGAAGCAAAGGCUCUGGCUGAGGAGCAAAAGCGCUUAAACCCUGACUGUUGGAAAAGGAAAAGAACCAACUCAGGCUCUCAACAGCAUUAAACCGGAUGCUUGUGUUUGUAAGUCUGUAUCUGCCUAAGUACUGACUCUGGAUGGAAAAGCUUGGAAGACCUUGGUCUCACCAUUUGUCCUACAUUUGUGUGACCAUAAAAUGCUGGGAGCAUUGAGUUUUGUAAUGAUUUAAUGGGUGAGAAUUGCUUUCUCCAUUAGAGCAUUAAGUAAGCUAUAACUAUCAACAUUGUAAACCAAAUUGCCUUAUUUUCCUUCCAAACUUCAUAUAUCUAUCAGGUAAUAUAGGCUUGAAAAUUGAUAUCCUGUGGUGCUAAAGUACAGUAGAAAGAUGUGUAUACGUUUUAUUUUAAAUUGUACGAAGGGGAAUUUAAAAAUACGUAACUGCUGUUUAUACAUCAGCUCCUUACUGCUUAUUAAUCUGUAUUGUACCCACGAUAUCAGGAAUGAAGCAGACGCUGGCCUUUCCAUGAAUAGCCACCACAUGGCCCAGCAUCUCUGCCAAACACAGUUGCUUCUAGUCUGGCCAGUGCCAAGAGACAACAUAACAUGGCAGGUGGAUGGUGUUGGUGUCAUUGUCUCAGCUCAAAGAACCACCUGCUUCAGAUACCAUGGGCAUGUGCUGAGUGGAUGCACCAGGGGGCAGCACACCUCCAUGAUUUCCAGUGGGGCCCAAGUCAGGCCAAGGUGCAGUUAAUAGCAUUGGGACAGUCAUUGUAAUGGUGCUGUUAUCAGUUGACACCAUUGUAUUUUACCGCGUUCCCUGUCUCCUCAGCCACAUAUCCUACAUCUGUGUUGUCAUUGUGUCUCUAUGGGGGCAGACUUUGCACUUACUGCAGUGCAACACUUGCACUUUACUCCCUCCAGCUUCUAAAAUAGAGCAAGUACUUCGGCAGUACAGCUGCUUUUGCUCUGAGCUACAAUCAUGGCUUCUCAUGUUACUUACCAAGUGAUAUUUUUGGUUAGUAAUCACAGCUGUAAAAUUGAUUUACACUUGUUAAACAUAUUGCCCCUCAAUUUUGCACACUAUAUUCUUGUAUAUUAUUUCAAAUAAAAGGAAAAAAAAGGUCUGUCUUUGAUUUCUGGUUGACUGCAUUCACGAUACUUAUCGGUAUAAUCUGAUCGGCAGAUGGAAAACAAAUUCUUCAUAGAACUGAGUUCUGGUAUUGUAAGUAGGUUUCUGGUGGGGUUUUAAAAAUUAAAGAAUGUUAACAAUGGAGUAAAGAC